CUGGCCAGCCACUAGUCGAGACACAGACUUCAGUGCAUACGAGUUGCAGCUCUCCUCAAAUAAGUGAUUCUGUAGGAAGUCUACGGUUCAUACACGCCACUUUGAGUACUCUUGUAAACAUUGUGCAAUUAUUGAUUUAUUGCUCUGGUGGUGGUACCUCAGUGGAUGUUGUUGAACAUAGUGUAUUUGUGAGUGUUGAUGAACAGUGCUUACUGUGCCCAGCUAGUGUGAUAAGGAGCCUUGUUAUCUAUAACAAAAAGGACAAACAUUUUAAUAGUAACUAUGAAGACGGACGCUCUACAUUGUCAGUACUCACACCCCGGUAUGGACAUAGGUGGACACGGGCCUAUAACACCGCCCGCAACGCCCACGCAAGAGAUGUCCAGAACGCCCACGUUUUCCAGCUGCUCCGAGCCACAGUAUGGCCAGCAUGAAUACACACAACAAGAGUACUCCCAGCAAGAGUACGCAGAUUCACAAUACACCAAUGUGGAUUACUCCUCUUCGCAUUCCUUCUCUCCACCUGAAUCUCCUAUGACCACACCCAAGAGCACGCCCACACACACUCCAGCCCACACACCACUGUCCACAACGCCCACCAAAACCCCCACCACGUUAUCCAGAAGUAGAAAAAAUUCCUUCGUAUAUGACGUCAGAUUAACAGACGAGCAGUUCCUCUUCUUUGUUCCCGACUUGGAUCUGGUGAAGUCGCAUCUGAUGUUCGCUGUGCGUGAGGAGGUGGAGGUGCUGAAGGAGAAGAUCACGGAGCUGAUGGAGCGCAUCUCGCAACUGGAGUAUGAGAAUACUGUUCUCCGGCAGUAUGCUACUCAAGAAGCGCUGCAGCAGAUCCAGCAGCCCCGCCACACCUCCAACACCUGAGCCACCCACUUCACUCCCUCCACAGCAACACCUCCACUACACCACUAUGCUGGUGCUCUACUCUGCCCUACCCACACCAGCUAAUGCAGUGUACUCAUAAGCUACGUGAACAGUGUGCAACACUUCAGCGGGCAGCAACUGCCCGUCCACGGACGCCAGAGGCACCUUUAUAUUUAGGCUCAUAAUUCAUUAUUAUUGCCGAUAUGGCGAAAUAGCUUAGAAUUCUGUAUAUACUCCAUUGAGAUUUAGUAAGUUUGUACAGAUUAUUUUUGUUGGCCUUAAACUAUUGAUAGCAAAAUAUAUAUAUGGAGUUUAGAGCGUGAGACUUAAAUUUUGCUUGGCUUUUGCGGGAACAUGAAAAGCCCGACUGGAGGUGUAGAGACGCCGACCCGGCCUUGGCCAACCAUUUUGUCAUUCCAAGUGCGUCCUGCACUCUCCGGACCUGUGCUUGCACGAUCCUUCACCUCUACUCCUCGCAUUGUAAUUUUUGUUAAGAUGUUUACCAGCAGGAAUAUAGUGUUUAAAGUGGUCAUGAUGCAGGUAGUCAGCUAAAGUUAUGCAAUAAGACAAGUCAUGUAGGUCUCCGUGGUCCCGAUUCUGUACGGAACCCCAGGCAGCUGCUACAAAAGGGUCAUCUGCCUCACUUUUGGCCCUCGUAAUGUCCUGGAAACUUGACCAGGCUCAUUCAUAUCACAUUAGCUUGUCUCAAGAAGUUUACUGCUGUGCUUCAUAUAGUCAGUUUGUAAAAUGGCUAUUGCUUGUUAAGACUUAAGAUGAAUUUCCUGCCAACCUCCCAGCCACAUGCCGCGAUGAAGCCUAUGUGGCCGGGAGGAGAAUAUUUUGAUACACAAGGUGCUGAGUAUCUCUUAGCACAGUCACUGGAGAAGGAGCGUCUUUCCCAUUACAAAGGUACACUCCCUCCUGUGCCUGCCAUCGUCACCCAUGUGAAGGGCAUGUGAUAAACAUUUAGUCUACCCCAGCACGCACCUCCUGCACCCAAUAAGUUUCUCAUAUUGAGAAACACCCCCAAGUUAGUCAGAGGAGGACGUGUUGGAGGCCUGGCGGUCUUUUCUAGCUUUGCUGCUGGCAGGUUUCCCCUGAGGACGCGUCUGCUACUAGUCCAGUUCUUACAAUAGUGUUUACAACCUCCUUCACACUUUCGCUAUGCCACCCCAACACGUUUCUUCAAAUGACGAGCCAAACUCCUGUGAAAGGUUUCAACAGGAAGCUUUAAAUUUGCAUCCUACCCUUCCUUGCUGAAAUUUUCUUACAAAUGCAGUGUUAACUUUUAAAGUGUUUCAUAGUAUUGUAUUGAAAGUCAUGUGUAAUGAUUCAGUGACUAUUAACCACUGAAGCUCGUCCUAGGAAAAGACUUAUAUUUUACACGUAGUUCUUGCUCAUAUGGCAACAUUGCUCAUUACAGUUUGCUGUUGUACUGUGAAGUUCCUGAGGUAUAUAUCUACAUAUUUAUAUAUACUUUUGGAGUAUUAUUUUUUCGGGGGUGAAUGGAAAAGGGUUACACACUAUGUUGCCAACACAGUGGCAGCGUGUUUGAGGUGAUAAAAGAUGUAUAUAUACUAGUAAGUCUUGUCCAUUGGUAAAAUGGACAGUCUACAAUUCUCAUCUGGUACUCAGCUUCCGGUGGUCGGUUCACACGGCCACCGCUCUACCAUACACAAGAUUUGUAUAAGAAAUAAAGUUAUUGACCAAUUAA